ACCGUCUGCAGCGCGCGUCGCUGUUCCGCUCUCGCGCUGUGUUUGUACACACGGAGAACCGUGCGAUCGUGUCCCGCGCGGAGUAUCUCCGUUAUCGCACCGCGCACCACUGCGGUAGAACGGCAAGUAUUCUGUACAGGAUCAUUUGUUUCAUCUCAACCGACUGCCACUUCUCACCUUUUAGGAGAGAGGGUUUAAUCAGCACCUGCCUAAGGAGAUACUUGAAUACUGACCGCAGCUCUUAACUAGGAGAAGGACAGAAGUUUCACCGUUGCUGCCAAAUCUGACUUGUAACCUUGGGGCUGAUACCUGAUAUUUUGUGAGGAUGGGACCGUUUCUCGCCUCCGUCAUCCUCUGUGUGAGCAUUGCUGUCCCGCAUCUUGCGAAAGCAGCAGAUGGGGAAGAGCUAACUUCAGGUGGGAUAUUGCUAGGGCCUUGCCACCCCAACCCGUGCCACAAUGGAGGCAUGUGCGAGAUCAGUGAGACCUACAGAGGUGACACGUUCAUCGGGUACAUGUGCAAGUGCGCCCCCGGCUUCAACGGUGUCCACUGCCAGCACAAUGUUAAUGAAUGCGAAAGGGAUCCUUGUAAACAUGGAGGCAUCUGUACCGAUCUGGUGGCCAACUAUUCCUGUGAAUGUCCUGGGGAGUACAUGGGAAGGAACUGCCAAUAUAAAUGUUCUGGCCCGCUCGGCAUGGAGGGAGGCAUCAUCUCCAACCAGCAGAUCACCGCUUCCUCCACCCACCGCGCCCUAUUCGGCCUGCAGAAGUGGUACCCCUACUUCGCCCGCCUCAACAAGAAGGGACUGGUGAACGCCUGGACAGCCGCCGAGAACGACAGAUGGCCCUGGAUCCAGAUAAACCUGCAGAGAAGGAUGCGGGUCACGGGGCUCAUAACCCAGGGGGCCAAGCGCAUCGGGAGCCCAGAGUACGUCAAGUCCUACAAAGUGGCCUCCAGCGAUGACGGCAAGACCUGGAGGACUUACAAAGUCAAGGGCACGGACGACGACAUGAUCUUCCGGGGAAACAUUGACAACAACACCCCCUCAGCUAUCUCAUUCACACCACCCGUCGAGGCCCAGUACGUGAGGAUUUACCCCCAGGUCUGCAGGAGACACUGCACCCUUCGCAUGGAGCUUUUAGGCUGUGAGCUGUCAGGAUGCUCUGAGCCACUGGGCAUGAAAUCUGGCCAUGUUCAGGACUACCAGAUCACGGCAUCCAGCGUUUUCCGAACGCUCAACAUGGACAUGUUCGCCUGGGAGCCCGGCAAAGCUCGGCUGGACAAGCAGGGAAAGGUCAAUGCCUGGACAGCCGGCCACAGUGACCAGUCCCAGUGGCUGCAGGUGGACAUGCUCGUGCCAACCAAGAUCACUGGUGUCAUUACCCAGGGUGCAAAAGAUUUUGGCCACGUGCAAUUUGUGGGUUCCUACAAGGUGGCCUUUAGCAAUGACGGCGAAAGAUGGCGUGUAUAUCAAGAUGAAAAACAAAAGAAAGAUAAGGUCUUUCAAGGAAACUUUGACAAUGACACACACAGGAAAAAUGUGAUAGAUCCUCCCAUCCAUGCCCGGUUCAUCCGGAUCCUUCCCUGGUCAUGGUAUGGGAGAAUCACUUUGCGCGCAGAAUUACUCGGAUGCACGGAGCAAGACUAAAUAUCCCUAGCCCCCUUUUUUCCUCUCGGUACACUUCAGUACCCUAUCCAGAUUCAAUAUAAACUUUGCUCAGUCUGUAAAAAUAUCAGUUUCCAAUGAAGUUUUUCAAAAUGAUUUUGAAAAAUUAAGUUUCUUUGUUUUGGGAGGGUGGGGUCAGAUUGGAGUUUGAUGCUUUGUAUGGUAAAUAAUCAUGUAUAUGCUCUUAAUUUCUUGUAGUUCUAGCUUUUUUGUUGCCCUAUAUGUUUAGAGUUUAAUUUUAGCACUUCGUGGGUUUAUGGGAUUGGGGUUAGGGUUAUUUCACUGUGGUUCAGGCAGUGGGGGUUCAACCACUGUAGGGUGUCACUUUUAAUCCAAGACAAAAACAAAAUGCUAUGCUUCAUGGAACAUAAGAGAAACUAAUUCAUAACUAAAACAAUGUUAACAUACUUUUAAAACACCACUAAUAUUACAGUAUGAUUUAUUUAUUUUCUUUUAACACCUUAUCAAGAUUAUCAAGACUAAAAUAAUAUGACAGUUGUGUAAACAAAAAUAUGAUGCUCUUGUAUUAUAUGUAAAACACUAAAUUAAUGCAUGGCGCAUAAAUCACUUUAGAUAUGUUAGAUAUUUAAUUCCCUUCACAUUGUAUUUUUCCCCAAUUAAACAUAUAUCACUUGAUCAUUUUGAAUCUAUAUAUUACAUAUUACAAGACUUGUUAGGAGUCAAACAUUCAAAUGAGAAAAAGCAUAAAAGUGCAAAAGAAGUGCAUCUAACUCAGCUUUUACCAAAUUCUGACAGGUAUUGAUAAAGUGGUAAAGUGGUCAACAGUAAAGUGCACUUCAAAGACAAAUCUACACUUGUUGAUUUGUCAUGCAAUCUGUUUGUCAUCUAUGGAAUGUUUUAAUCUGGAAAAUAGUGUCCACUGAAAUUACACAUUUAGAACCCAGGGCUAACAUAUCUGUUUUUGUUUAAUUAAUUUAUUUUGUUGUUACAGAUGUGCUAUUGAAUGUCAGAUUCUGUCUUACCAUUUUCUGUUUUCCAUUCUUGUAUUGUUUGUUGCCUCAUUGUUUGCUUGUUGCUACAUUGCUCAGCUAUACUACUGUAUUUUUCCUUUUUUUCUCAUAAAUGUAAAAUCCUCAGGUUAGAUAUCAGUCACCCUCUUUUUAUUGAUCUUUUCUGCAAAGGUUAUUCUGCAAAGGUUAUUCCACAUAAAAUAAAAAUCUUUAAAAAUAAAUAACUACAUAAAAUAAAAUAAAAUAAAAUAAAAUUCAUCAUGUUGCUUUUGCAGGAGCUAAUAAGGCAGGCUAAGGCCCAAGGGAUUAAUAGCAUCCAAAAUAUAAAAUACACAUUUUAUAGACUAGACAAAUUUAGUUUUGUUUUGUUGUUUUUUGUUAUGCUUUUUGGUUUGUUUGGGGGUUUUUUUUUGCAAAUACUUAAGACACCUUAAGAUACUUUCUUUUUAUUUCUACAUAUUCAAAUAUUAAUAUAUUGUAUUAAAAAGGGUUAUAGACGGAUAUUUUUACAGCCAUUACUUAUUCUUUGAAAUGUACAGUGAGCGCCAUUGUAUUGUUAAGUUACUGGACAAUUGUAUUGUUUUAUUUGUUAGUCUCACAGAAAAGAACACAUUUUAAUGAGGUAAUAAAGGGUUAAAUCAUUGUCUAUCCUUAACAUCACCCAUUUGUAAUGUAUUCUGAAGAGGAGUGGUUAUUCGUUUUGAAGAAAAAUGAGAGCCACUGAGCUGUGUAUUAUAAUAAUAACCUAGGGAUUCAUCGUUUGUACAAUCUUGAACGUGGUGUCCAAAAAUAAAAGAAAAAAAAACAUUAAAACAUUGUUCAUUCACAGUAUGGUGACAUAAAACAUAAACAUCAUGUAUACUUGACAUAUUUUCUAACAAAUAAAUGUUGCAAGGCAUAUAGUUCUAUUUGAUUUACUCUGAUUUAUUAACAUAUAUAUGGAGUUGAUAUGAUAACCCUUGUCUAAUGUUUCCCUGUGUCUGUAAGGUUCUCUUCUAACACUGUUCAAAUGAUUUGUGUGCACAUUGUAACAGUUUUGUACAGAUAUUGGGGGCUAAACAAUCUAAGAAGACAACCCCUGAAAAUGUCCACAGGCACAUUUUUUAAAUGAUAUGUAUAUUGGUGAGUCCAAUGGUCCAGUAUUUCCAUUUUAUGUGCUGUGAAUAGUGACUUUUGGAAAAUGUGUAGAGAUAAAAUCAGGGGAACCCAAUGGAACACACCUUUUUGAAAACCUUUUUGCUUUGCUUUGCAUUGUUUCACGAAUAUGUUGAGUGCCAUCCCUCAUAUUUUUUCAUUCUGUUUAAAGCAAGUGCUUUCUGGUAAAAUGUAUCAAUAAUAUGCUGAUUAGUCAAAGCUUGAAGAGUGUACAGAAAAGAAAAGCCAUUGCCACCAAUAAACCGCUCUUUGGUUUGAUGAAUAAAAUGAAGUCUGUGAAAAUCA